AUGCAAACAGACCAUGCCGCGUUGUUCAGCUCUCGAAUAGUGUACGAUGGGAGAGCCAACCUGUUUGUUGCAAAGGACAUACCUUCAGCGGAUUAUCCUGUUCAUAUGGGUCUCAAUCCGUCUCGAGGACAUUUUAUUGUUAGGCUGCAAAAGAGUGCUGUUAUCAAUCCAAGGGACAUUGAGAAUUUGACUCGCCCCGGUGGCUCUACUCCCCACACUAGCUCAAUGGCUAUCAAUUUACUUCAACUGAUUGUCCGGCAGGAUGCCAAUUUGCGCCAUGGCUUCCCUCCUGAGGGUCGCUCAUUCUUCUUGUCCAAGAGCGCAAUCCCUUUACCAGGAGGACUGCAAGCUUGGAGGGGCUAUUUCCAAAGUGUUCAACCUGUUGUCAAUAGGCUUUUGAUUAAUGUUGAUACCUCAACGGCUGCAAUGUAUUCUUCUGGUCCACUUCUUGACCUUGCAAUGGGUCAGCUUUGA